GAAAGUGAAAACAAAGAUUUGGAUGGUAAAGGAUUAUACUCUCGUCAUGAAGGCGCUGCUAUCAACUACGUUUUCUUAGCUGAUGAAGCUCAAACUUUGAACUUGAACACUACUAGUGGUGCCAUUUACUUAUCAGCCGGAAAUUCUGAUGGUCAAAGCUUCCCACAAUUUUUGAGUGUCUUAGAAAACGGUUUCCCAGGUUUACAAGUUUCUGCUUCAGGUGCUCCAGUUACUACUUGGACUUUCGAAGAUGGUUACUUGAAAGGUAACGGUUCCGAUGCUUUCUUCAUUGCUAAAGAUACCAAAGAUCCAUACAACUACUCUAAAGACAAUUAUCAAAUU